AUGGCCGGCCCUGACCUCCCGCGACAGCUUCCUGUCCGUCCUCGAACGCCAAGGCAUAUUGUCGACGCAAUGGAGGCGCCCGACAUGGGAAAGCCGCUUCCGGCGUUGCCAAUCGCGACUCUUGCGUUUCCACCUUUAGCCAUCCCCUUGUCCAAUUUCGCCAUCUAUUCUCAGCGUUCCUCGAAGCGCCGAUUCCAAACCAGAUGCUCUCACUCUGUCAUGACCCGCUUCUACUCUACGCGAGACAAGUGUGCUCUUUGCAGGCGAAAGGGCGAUUUCGGUUGGGUCUACAGGUGUAUCGUUGAUCGCGAUGCCCUGAUCAUGGGCAGAAAGGCCAAUGGAAUUCCUGUGGCCUUUGACGGCAUUGGCUGUAAGUUCGCUGAGAAGAUGACUCUUGGGAAGCAUGGUCCAGACGCCCGCCACGAGGAUUAUAGCUUUCUCAGGGAGAUUACUCCCGAACAGAUGGUUUCUUACACCCCGUCUCAAAUCCAGAAGAUACUGAGCCAGCGCGAGAACGUCAAGAAUACUAUAGCAGAAGAACGCCACCAAUUCGAUCACCCGCGCUACAAGCAUGCUAAAAAGAGAUUCCCCGACGACGACCAACCGUGGAUGCCAAGCCGUGAAACAGAGUGCAGCUUCACUGUCUGUCACAAUUGCUGCCCUAGCGCCACCGAAAAGAAUCGUAUCAACAUCGAUUCGGUGGUCGAAGACGAUAUCCAACCAACCGUGGCUGUCGGCUAUGGCUUUAGCAAGUUAAAGUCAAGGCCCUACGCAAAGGCUGAAAUUGUGCGCAGCAUUGGCUACCGACCUGUUCCUGUGCCCAUUGAACGCUCUGAACACCAUUCGGCCAACGCUUGGCUCUCCAUACAAAGCAAUGAGGCCCUGGAUAUCGCUGACCAGUACCUCGGGAUGGCUGCGCAUGAUGGUUCCUCUGACGCCGGGAACAUGAUCACUCCGGUAUUACCGUGCCGCUUGAGUCCGCCUGGCACGCAUCCCCAUUCACAAUGUAUGGUUGGUUCCUCAACGGAUACGUUCGACUUUGCGUACGCGAACGGUUCAUUUGCGAGCGAUUUUCUCCAUGUUCGACCUCCGUGGACUCCUCCACCGACACCCCAAGACACCCCGGAAGAUGGCAUCAAUGAAUCCGAGACACUCCCUACUUUCGAUAUCCGUUAUCUCGUCUGCAAUGGGCGCAGCCCAGCUUCACUGAAAGUCAGUCCCGCAAUGAGAAACAUGGCCUUCUCCUCGGUGAUCGAUUUGCCAGUUUCUGAGCGUCAAAGGGGAACAGAGAGCACAUUGGCCGAGCUUUGUCCUGAAUUUUUGGACGAAGAUCAGAUCCCUAUGCAGUGCGAAGAGGAGUACAACCCUAGCCCGAUUCAAACCCUGAAGAGUAAGGUAUACGUCGAGGCAUGCACUACACCUCUUCCCCGACCCAACAUGGACGAGAUCAUGUUUUUCAGCAAUCGGGCUUUGCCGAGAAAGCCGAGUCUUAGACGGCACCGUUCUCAGUGCGAAUUUGGAAGAGGUCCAAGACCUCUUACGCCAAUUUCAGUCGCGGGGCAAGAUAAAAAAGUAAUGAAGUCCUUGAGUUCCGAGCCGAUUACCUUCCUCAAAGGCAUCGCUAUCACUGAAGAGGCAGCGGAGUUUGGCACUCCUGAUAUUUCUGUGGCGGUUGAUAUGCAGCCGGUAACCUCUGCUUAUCCCAAGCAGGGUGGCAAGGCGCUCAAGUUCUGA